CCCAGAGUGCAGUGCGCAGGCUCCGGCGCGCGCUCAGCUCGCAGCCCCAGAAGCCGCCGCUCUCGGGGCUGAGCCGAGAGGACCCGGGGCGCUGGCCGGGGUUCUACGGGGCCGCGCAGGAGGGCGCGCGUCCGUCGCUGCUCGCGCUGGGCUAGUGCGGCGCCGCUCGGUGCUGCGGGAAGACGCUGGUUUGCGGGAGCCUGGUAGGGCAGCUGCUGCCUUGGCGAGGCCGGCAGGAACCGAGCGGAGGGACGAGCCGAGGACCGAGGAAACUGGACAAUGGCAAUUUGAGUGGAUUUUGAAAAAUGUCUGAAGGUUAGCAGGCUGCAUCUACCUUCUGUCUUCUCCCCACUUUUUACAAAAGAAUAAAUGGGAUGUUUGAGAAGAGAGCUAUAUUAAAAGAAGAGUGUUGCAAAUGGCUUCAGAAUCUGUGAAUGCAAAACAAGCUAGGAAUCACUGCACAAAGGGGAAAAGACAGCAGCACCAGCAAAUAAAGAAUAGGUCUUCAAUUAGUGAUGGUGAUGGGGAAGACUCCUUUAUCUUUGAAGCAAAUGAAGCUUGGAAAGAUUUUCAUGGUUCCCUUCUUCGGUUUUAUGAAAAUGGAGAACUCUGUGAUGUCACACUAAAGGUUGGCUCAAAGCUGAUCUCUUGUCACAAGCUAGUAUUGGCUUGUGUUAUCCCCUACUUCAGAGCCAUGUUUCUCUCUGAAAUGGCUGAAGCCAAGCAAACACUGAUUGAGAUCAGAGAUUUUGAUGGUGAUGCAAUAGAAGACUUGGUAAAAUUUGUCUAUUCUUCACGGCUCACUUUGACUGUUGACAAUGUCCAGCCUCUCCUAUAUGCAGCCUGUAUUCUACAGGUUGAACUGGUGGCUAGAGCUUGUUGUGAAUACAUGAAGUUACAUUUUCAUCCCUCCAACUGCCUGGCAGUGAGAGCCUUUGCUGAAAGUCACAACCGAAUAGACUUAAUGGACAUGGCGGAUCAGUAUGCCUGUGAGCAUUUUACUGAAGUAGUGGAGUGUGAAGACUUUGUAAGUGUGUCACCCCAACAUCUCCAUAAGCUUUUGUCCUCCAGUGAUUUAAAUAUUGAGAAUGAAAAGCAGGUCUAUAGUGCAGCCAUCAAGUGGCUUCUUGCCAAUCCGCAGCAUCAUUCCAAAUGGUUGGAUGAAACACUUGCACAGGUGCGUUUGCCGCUGUUGCCAGUUGAUUUUCUUAUGGGUGUUGUGGCAAAAGAACAGAUUGUCAAGCAAAAUCUAAAAUGUAGAGAUUUAUUAGAUGAAGCAAGAAACUACCAUCUUCACUUGAGUAGCAGAGCAGUUCCUGACUUUGAAUACUCCAUUCGGACUACCCCAAGGAAGCAGACUGCUGGCGUGCUGUUUUGUGUAGGUGGUAGAGGUGGAUCUGGUGACCCGUUUCGCAGUAUUGAAUGCUAUUCUAUCAACAAAAACAGUUGGUUUUUUGGGCCAGAAAUGAAUAGUCGAAGGCGACAUGUGGGUGUCAUCUCCGUGGAAGGUAAAGUGUACGCAGUAGGUGGACAUGAUGGAAAUGAACAUUUAGGUAGCAUGGAGAUGUUUGAUCCUCUCACUAAUAAAUGGAUGAUGAAAGCAUCAAUGAACACAAAGAGGCGAGGAAUUGCCUUGGCCUCCUUGGGAGGUCCAAUUUAUGCAAUUGGAGGGUUAGAUGACAACACUUGCUUCAAUGAUGUAGAAAGAUAUGAUAUAGAAUCUGACCAGUGGAGUACAGUGGCACCAAUGAAUAGUCCCCGUGGAGGAGUUGGCUCUGUGGCUCUUAUAAACCAUGUUUAUGCAGUAGGUGGCAAUGAUGGAGUAGCUUCUUUGUCUAGUGUGGAGAGGUACGAUCCACAUCUGGAUAAGUGGAUAGAAGUUAAAGAAAUGGGUCAACGAAGAGCAGGCAAUGGAGUUAGUGAGCUCCAUGGUUGCUUAUACGUUGUUGGUGGUUUUGAUGAUAAUUCUCCUCUGAGUUCGGUUGAGCGGUAUGAUCCUCGAAACAACAAAUGGGAUUAUGUAGCAGCACUUACCACUCCCAGGGGUGGAGUGGGGAUCGCAACAGUGAUGGGCAAAAUCUUUGCAGUUGGUGGGCAUAAUGGCAAUGCAUACUUAAAUACAGUGGAAGCAUUUGAUCCAGUGCUGAAUAGGUGGGAGCUGGUUGGAUCUGUGUCUCACUGCAGAGCUGGAGCAGGCGUGGCUGUGUGUGCCUGUUUAACCAGCCAAAUUCGAGAUGUUCAUACAACUGGAAUUGCUGGGUUGUAUGGUAACAGCUUUUAAGAAACUCCCAAACUUAUCCACAGUGGCUGUAUUAUAUUAUAUUCCCAUCCGCACACUAUGAGGUUUCUGGUUUCUUUUCAUCCUAACACUGUAUAUUGUCUUUUUCUUUGCUUAUAGCCAUUCUACUGGGCCUGAAGUGGUACCUUCUUCUGGUUAAAUCCAUGUAUUUUUUCCUAAGGGAAAUGAUUGCUCUCUAGUGGUGCAUUCUGCACAUUACAGUUGCAAUAAGGGCACUAAUGAGAAGCCUAAAGCUAAAACUUGUUAAAAUUUACAUUCACUUCAUGUUGUGCCUGCAUUGCUUAGCACACUGAGUGCAGUUUGAGGCCCAGGUUCAAAAUGUUUUUCUCAUUACCACUAAUAAUAAUCCUCAGGAGCUGGCUGUUGGCUGUGGUUUUUACUUAAUCCCCGGAGGUACAUUAUAAUCAAAACUCUACGCUUUUGUGCUUCAGAUCUCCUCCACUUAAAGCACGCAGAUUUUUUUGUGUAUGGGUUUACACCUGUGGAGUGGCUAAUGCCGAUGAAUAAGGGGAGGAAAAGGACAGUUUUGUUGACUCAAACCUACCACAUCCUCUCAAGCCAGAGCCAGAGCAGUAAAUAAUUCUUACUAGUGGAAUGAAUGUAAAUUCUUUUUAAUGAAUUGCACACAAAUGGAAUGUCUGGUGGCUCCCUGGUAUUUUCAGGUAACACUUUAUAAAUAUGCCUGUAGAGAGUUGUAAAGUUUUAGGAGAAUGGGUCUCAGCUGACCCCAGGCUCGUAGGCUCUGCUGAAAGCGAAGAAAUUGAGCAAAGGAAGGAACCUGGCCAGGGAUUGCAGGAAUCUAUAUUUGGUAAGUAAUGAAAGAUGUGGCUUCAGGAAAUUAGGGAAGUAGAACCAAACAUUUAAUGGUUUAAUGUGAGAACCUACAACUCUUGCUUUAAUACAACAGGAUAUCGCAUUUUUUUUUUUUUUACAAAGUGUCUAUAUGUGAAAUUUCCCUAACUUCUGUGUUUCAGGUAAAUGCGGUGUGCUAACAAUACAUUUUACUAUCCUUACGUGUCCAUUAAAUGAUCAUGUGUACAUACAUAUACACAUAAAUGCAUAUGCAUACACAAAUGCCUGAACACAGAAUAGUAGAGAAUAUAAUGGAUGGGCCUCCCCAUGCCGUAGGGAUGGUGAUGUAUCAUGGAUGUAGUAAAUGAAAGGAAAAAAGGCUGAGUAGCUCCACUUUGCUCCAGGGAAUUUAGGACAAAUAGGGCACAAGAGGAGUCCUGUCCUCUGCUUAAUAGAUAAACCAGCUUAUGCCACACUGUCAAGCUUGAAAUAACUCAGUCUGAACAGUGUAGCCACAGGGUGUUAGUUUUACAAUAGCAUCUAUAUUAGGACUGGCCAGAGGCAAGUACAAUGGCAAUCUGAAUGGGAAAGUACCAGAUCUGAAGUUACCUGUCACCUGGAUGGAAAAGAGACAUGCCGCCCAGAAGCUAGGCACCGUGCCCUGUGCUCUGUGUUAACACAUUCUGCAGCAGGUCACUGACAAAAAGCAAUCACUGAGGCUAUUGAAUGGAUAGAAGUAAACUUCACAGAGUAAGAAAUCAGUCUUUUAGGUUCUUUUACCUUCAUUUAAAAUAAGCAAAUACCAGGUUAAUAGGACUGUAGUCAAGUGAGGCUCGGGACUGACCUGUGACUAAUUUUAGAUUUGAUCUCCUCUGUAGGCCAUAAGAAACCUAUGGUGAAAUUCAUUCUGUACAUCCAGUGGGCUUCAAAAUGCCAAUAUUUCACAGCUUUCAAUUUACCCAGGAUGUAUAUCAUUUGAACAAGUAAUAUGUUUUAAAGAUUAACGGACCUUCAAAUUCUAUAUGUCACUAUUGUGCAUGCAGUUUCACUUAAUUAGGGAUCAAUCAUUGCCUCCUACAGGGCUCUAAAAAAAGAAAUGGGGAUUGUAAGCAGCUCAUGGAUGAUGUUUUCUGAGGUGCAAGCUAUGAAGCAAAGUUGAGAAGAGAGUCAUGCAGUGGGUUAGAGGCAAUCAACAACCUAGUCCAGGUUUCUUAAUUUACAAAUUAGAAGAAAAAAGAUAACCCCAUAGAAAAUGAGCUAAGCACAGGAAUAGGCAUUCCACAGAACCAGAAACAAAUGGCCAAU